AUGACACAAGCGUAUUACCAGGCCAACCUACCUAACCUUCGCCGCCUGUGGCAGUGUCCCCAGUGCAGCGAGAAAAUAAAUACGAAGAAGCGCGGCGAUAACACGCCCGUGCGCCGUGUCCACAACCUGCCGGGCGCGAGCGCCGCCGGUGCCAACAUGGACAUGUCGUGCGACGAGCUGUCCGCCCCGGAAGAGCCCACUCCCCCCAAAAGUGCUACUGACACUGAGACUCUUCGUAGCAGCUUCGAAGCAUUUCAAGAAAGUGUGUUGCGCAAGUUAGAUGUCUGGUUCUCCAAGCAUGAUUUGAAGAUUACCAAAAUGUUGGAAGAGUUUGAGGAAGUUAAAAGCGCUAUGUCCUUCAUGAGCGGUCAAUACGACGAUUUACACAAAAAAACCGAUGAAAUGUGUAAGAAGGUGAGCGUCAUGGAACACAAACUCGAACAGGUUGAGCAACAAAACUCCCGCAUCUCCCAGCUAGAGCGAAAACUGGACGAUAUGGAGCAACAGGCACGACAAAAUAAUGUCGAGAUAAGUAACCUCCCGGAAAAGCGAGGAGAAAAUCUACUGUCUAUCGUCAAGACAUUAGGUGACAACAUUAAUCAUCCGCUGGCUCCCCAGGAUGUUGUCUCGGUACAUAGAGUUCCACAAGCGAACCCAACAAGUACCCAGCCGAAGAAUGUUAUUGUCAAGCUGGCUACCCGAGAGCUGAAGGACAACUUUGUCUCCGCCGCUCGAAAAGUCAAGGGAAAACUUACAUCUGAGAGUCUGAACAUACCUGGUUUGCAGCAGAAGGUGUAUGUCAACGAGCACUUGACGUUGAAAAAUAAAUCAAUUUUUCGUAAAGCACGAGAAACUGCAAAGACCAACGGAUACCGCUUUGUGUGGGUCAAGCACGGCACCGUGCUCGUGCGCGCUGCUGAAACAACCCCCGUGCUCGCUGUCCGCUGUGAGGAGGAUCUCACUAAACUCAAACCCCGUAUCGCUUAG